ACCUCUGUGAUUAUUCUUCAUUUGCGUAACUACUUGAAAUUGUAAUAAAAUCUUUACAUUUAAGUGAAAAAGCUCAGAAACGGCUCCUAUAUGAGCUGAUUCAAAAGAGUCGAUCGGUUCAAAGAGCCGACUCUUUUGUGAACGACACAGAGACUUUACUGAAUCCUGUAAGUUUGAGCUCGCGGCGUUGCUAAGCUACUUGUUGGCAAAUGUAGUUAGCAAAGCUAGCGUUUCACCUUUCUUCUCUGUAGCAGCCGGUGGAUCUACAUUAAUGUAAUGGCUGUGGCGAUGAGCUCCACCUGCCCGGGCCUUUACUGUGGAAAAACCCUCAUAAAUGGGACAAUUGAAGGAGAAUGUGGGGUGUGUCCCCGAGGCGAGAGAGCAAACCUGGAGAAGAUCUGUCAGAAGUGUACGGGUUCUCCGGAGCUCUACGACUGGCUGUACCUGGGCUUCAUGGCCAUGCUGCCGCUGGUGCUGCACUGGUUCUUCAUCGAGUGGUACUCGGGCAAGAAAAGUUCGAGCGCGGUGCUGCAGCACGUGACGGCGCUGUGUGAGUGCGGCGUGGCGGCGGUGAUCACGCUGCUGCUGAACGAGCCGGUGGGCGAGCUGACCAUCCGCUCCUGCAGGGUCCAGAUGCUCUCCGACUGGUACACCAUGCUGUACAACCCGAGUCCUGACUACAUCACCACACUGCACUGCACCCAGGAGGCCGUCUUCCCCCUCUACACCAUCGUGCUGAUCUACUACGCCUUCUGCCUGGUGUUCAUGAUGCUGCUGCGGCCGCUGCUGGUGAAGAAGAUUGCGUGCGGUUUGGGGAAGACGGAUCGCUUCAAAAGCAUCUACGCUGCGCUGUACUUCUUCCCCAUUCUCACCGUGCUGCAGGCGGUCGGAGGAGGACUCCUGUAUUACGCGUUUCCUUACAUCAUUCUGGUCCUGUCACUCGUCACGCUGGCUGUGUACAUGUCCGCUUCGGAGAUUCAGUCGUUUAAGAACCUCGUGGCCAAAAAGAAGCGUCUUGUGGUGCUGUUCAGCCAUUGGCUCCUCCACGCUUACGGCAUCAUCUCCAUCUCCCGAUUGGAUAAACUCGGGCAGGAUUUGCCGCUGCUGGCCCUCGUGCCGGGACCCGCACUCUUUUAUUUACUCACGGCCCGAUUCACUGAACCCAACCGCAUUUUAUCAGAAGGAGGGAAUGGACACUGAGGCACUGAUGUGUGUUACGUGUGUUACUUGUCUGUGUGUGUGUGUGUGUGUGUGUGUGAGUGUGUGUGUGUGUGUGUGUGUGUGUGUGUGUGUGUGUGUUAUUACCUUACCAGUACACGAGAUCCGAGGCUGAUGAAAAGGACGUCUGUCUCAACUAAAAUCUUUCGUGCUCCUCAACUCUGCCUCGCAGGAAAUAAUUAUAAAGUUCCACGUUGAAUUCAAAUGAAUAAUUUAGAAAUCUGAACUUUUGCUGCUACUUUAAAGAAGCGUUUAUUUAGAAAUGACAUUACAGAGUUGACAUUAAAGAGAUUUUGAUGAUUUUUUUCUGGUGAAACAGACUUCCUUGACUCGUUAGCUACACAGUCGAGUAAAUUCGAGGUUAAAGUGUACAUUCUGUACAUUUCAUUUUCCACUUUUUCUUUAAACUGAGGAAAUAAAUGUCCUGUGCGUGUUUUAGUUUGACUGUUCAUUGAAGAAUAAUUCAGUUCAUUCUGCGAGAAUGUAAAAGGUUUCGAAGAAAUAGCAGUAAUGCUUUAAAUUAGUGUGUAAGUUGUUCAUCUUACGCAUUUUAUCAGGAAAAUAUGGACUUUAAAGCGGCGCACUGAUGCUGGAGAUAAUAAACAACACAAUCAAGAGCCAUAACCAUCUCAGUCUUUUUUUUUCUUUUCAAUUUAAGUACAGAUCUAAAGUACAGAGUCCUUUACGAACAUCUCUGGAAUCCGGUUUGUGUUUGGUUUUGUUUUUUCUCCCUGUUUAGAGACACUGAACUGCUUUGCGUCUGAGCUGUAAAUUAUAACUGAAUGGUACAUUUUCAUACUCUGUAAAUUUGUACAGUUGUACUGAUGGACGUGUGUGUGUGUGUGUGUGUGUGUGUGUGUGUGUGUGUGUAAAUUCCCCCUUUUCUCUCUAUUGCAGCUGGUCUGUGAAGUGUACUCAUUAUUUAUCCUGUUAUUUGUCUCUUUUUGCGAACUACUCUGUGCCAAACUGUCGCAUGUGUGACGUGAGAAUUAUAAAUGUGUUUGCGGGUAAAUAAUAAUGAUAUCACCUGAUGUAUAUGUGAGAUAUAUCUCGAUUAUAUACCUAUUUAUAUCUAUCUAUCUAUAUCUAUAUCUAUAUAUACCUAUGUUGAGAAAUAAAUGUCUCUGAAUCUUGCAUGUAAAUGUAACUCUUCAGAGUUCUACUGUUCGAUGAAAAGUAUAAGAAAAAAUGUCUAGGUGCAAUAUAAAUGGAUAAAAAAUAAUUAUACAACACUGUUAGUGAGUUUUACACGUCAUCAGUAAGAUAUGACUGUUUCACCUUUUCUCAUGUUUCAUAAAUAAAUAAAUAUCACAAUUGUCACAAA